GGUGUUCGGAAGCGCUCAGUGUGUUCGCUCAAUGUUCUCCCUCCGCAGAGCAACUCGAGCCUACGCCGGCUUGGCUCGAGCUCGUGGAAAUGCUACUCUUCAAAAUAGCUCGCAGAACGUAGAGAUUACUACUCCUCCACCUCCGCCAGCGAGCACCAGUGCAAAAUCGGAAAGCGUGCAGACGGAACCGUCAGAUACUGCGAAGCAAUCUCCUGCCAACCCUUCAAGUACCAAAGAGAAUGUGGAGGAGUCGACGAACACGAAGAAACGCGGUCGUGUCUGGCCCACGAAGCGUCCUUCCAUCACUUUGGAUAGACCACGUCAAUACAGCCGACCAAUCGGUGUCGGAGCCUUACCCGUGUACGAUGAGGCUUUGACUUACAUCAAGCGCGACUCCAAGCUUAGGAAAGAAGAACUUGAAGAGUACAAGAGUCUGCUGCAAAGAGCUGAAAGCGCUCCCGAUUGGAACCCUGCCGAUAUAGAGAGAUUGCGGGACAAGAUUCGAAUUUUGGAGAUCCAGAGCGAGGUGAACUUGCCUAGUGUACGAUGGAAGGCGAGGAACGGGUUGGCGGACUUGAACCAGACUGUAUACCGCCAUCUCAUCGAGCAACGAUGGCGCGAAGAGGGCGCUUUGGACCUUUUGAUGGAACGUAUCUACCAAAUGAAUGUUGUUCCGGAUAUGCUUCCAGAGAUGCACCCGUCAUUCGAUCUUCGUGUCAACUUCCCAGAGCCUCCACCGCAAAGCACCGUUUUGCGCAACCGUACGAAGCGAAAGUACCAGAAGAUCGAACCUGGCGUGUUCUUGCUUCCGGAACAGACUCGCAAGCCGCCUAUGAUGUACACCACGGUUUUCCACACUGAACCUCGCUUGUAUACCAUGCUCAUGGUUGAUCUCGAUGUACCCGACCUGGAGAACCAGACGUAUCAAACAUACCUACAUUGGCUUCAACCCAAUGUUUCACUGUCCACUUUCUCCCAAUCCCCCAUUCCGCUCACCACAACCCACACGAAGUAUAUCCCUCCUCACCCGCAAAAGGGCACACACUACCACCGUUACGUCCUUCUCUUCGUCCCACAAGCCCACGCAACGGAACGUAUGCAAAUUCCUGUCCCCACCGACGAGGAGAGACUUGGGUUCAACUACCGUGAGUUCGCUGAGCAAUAUGGGUUAGAUGCCGGUAGGGGUGGAGGUGCGUUUAUGUGGAGAGAAGUUUGGGAUGAGACGGUUUCGAAGAUCUACCAGGACGUGCUUAACAAACUGAUAUGUGGAUUGUAGAAACGGAAGAACCUGUAUUUGGUCGUAUGCCCAAACCAGACCCAUAUGCCGAAGUCAAGCAGGCGAAAAAGUACAUCUAGACUAGAUACAUACUGUAUCUGCUGUCACAGUCUACCUCUCUUUCCCCCUAGGGUUUACAGUAUUGCACAAAAUACUAAUGCUUGAUCUUCUAUUUGGAGAUGAAGGCUAAGCGUAAGUUACAUAUAUUGAAUACGAAAGGUGAGGGAGACCUGUUGAAUAACGUAAAGGUGACAAUGUCGUGCAAUUGUUACAAAUGUCAUGAAAUGUUUAGAGGGGUAUAAAACAUGAAACCGAAGAUUCUACGUUCAAUCGAAGUCCUCGAACUCAGACCCGUCCUUCCCACCUUCAUCUUCGUCACUGGACAAAAUCUCGAUGUACUUCGCCUUCGCAGCAGCAGCCCUCCUCGGAGCAUCUGAACGUUUUGGCGCAGGCGGUGGAGGUGGCGGGACGGCGUCAUCAUCCAAA